CCCAAUUUUCGUAUUUUCGAGGUCUCGAAAAACUUGCCUCCUCUCUCCCUUCACUCCGCAAAAAACGUUGGAAACCUCGUCAAAACGAAUCGGUAAAGCCCAAAUUUUCAUCUCUUUCUUUUCGUUAUUUUUUUUCGUCCGAACUCCGUUGGACACUCGUUCGAUUUCACCUUAGGAGAGGGAAGGGAAGUAACGUGUGUCCUAGCCAUGGCGUUGCAUCUGGCGUACGACGAUAUUGGCAAGGGAUUUGUUCAGCAAUAUUACGGGCUCUUCGAUGAUGCUCUGCAGAGAUCAACCCUCGUUAACAUGUACAAUAAUGACUCCUUCAUGACGUUUGAGGGAAUACAGAUAAAAGGAGUUUCCAAUAUUAUGGAGAAAUUAAAUAGCCUGAGUUUUAAGAAAAUCGGAAGAGUACUCACCGCAGUGGAUUCACAACCCACGUUAGAUGGUGGAGUCCUCAUUCACGUCCUCGGGAGGCUGAAGACUGAUGACGAUCCUCCACACGCAUACUCGCAGAUAUUCGUGUUGAAACCACUGGGGGGCUCAUUCUAUUGCCAGCAUGACAUAUUCCGUCUUGUUAUUCACGAGACAGCAUAAAUAAAAGCAGCAGCAGCAGGCGAGACGGCACAUGGACUAAGUAAAAUCAAUUGAAAGGAUGGAAAAAGAUAUAGAAGGGGCAUCAAAAGAGGCAGAAAUAAAAUAGGAUAAAAUUGAUGAAUUUUUCAGUCACGAUUGUAUCCCUGUCGUCUUUGCGUAUCAUUUUAUCCAGAUCAAAUUUUUAUACAGGAAAAAUAAUGCUUCUAAUGCCGUAAGAAUAAAACAUUUAUUAAUUAAUCAUCAGCUUUUUUUUCGAUUUAUGUAAGUUGGAGGUGAUAUUUUUUUUGUUACAAAUUUCCACGCUUUGCCUGUUCGAUUUCGAUGGCCUCAAAGAGAGCCUGGAAAUUACCAGCACCGAAUCCCUGGAAUAAUUUUUAAAACACGAGAUUAAUAAAGUGAUGAAUAUUGGA